CUGUUCGUUUUGAUUGGUGGGAAAUAAAUAAUAUAUAGUACACGCUUGCGACACACUGAGUAUGUGGAAUUUACUCAUUUUACUGUGUUUAAUGCUCGUUACAGCUGCGAAAAGAACACCAAUUUGUGCAUCGAUUUUAACUUAUCAGAAACUGCGACACAGAUGGCGCUGCCGAACGGCCUACUCAAGGCGCAGCCGGCGCAGCCUUCAUCAAUACACUGUGCUUUGCAUUUCUUUCUUACACAGAUUUUCCAUGUGCUCGAGGUGUCUAGGUGUGUUUGCGUACCUACCAUCAACUGCUGGUGUCGUCUUUGGUAUUUGUCACCUGCCAGCAUUGUGUUGAGUAAACUUGAUUGUGUGCACGUUCCUCAUGGUUCGAUAUAAGUGCGCGGUAACCGGCUGCGCAAGCAGCAGCGAAACUGGGGGACUGUCGUUUCAUUCUUUUCCCACGGCCGAUGAUCGACGGAAAAUGUGGUUGGAGGCGCUAGGCUGUGGAAGCAGUGGAAGUACACUGGCACGCCGGGUAUGCUCGCUGCAUUUCGACGAGCGCGCCUUCACACGUGUUGGCUCCGAGACUCAACGUGGUAUGAAGCGACGGCGGCUGUGCCCCGACGCAGUUCCGAAAGGCAGCGCAUCUGCUGCUGGGGUUGGACGUGCUAUUACUGAAGAGCGCACAGGAACAGACGCUGCCAUGCUUGUAUGCCCUAUGGAAGCAUCAUGGACAGUGGAACACAAUCCUUCAGCACUCACCAACACAUCGGAUAACAGCAUUCAUUUCGUGGAGUCGGACUUCGCCAUUGGCUGCAAUGCAGAAGUUGGCACAGACACCGGAGCAUGCGGUGACAUGUCCCUCACUCAUCUGACUGCCGGUUGCAAGCCUAAAGAGAGUGCCAGAAGUGACCACAGUUACUGCAGAAUGCGUCAUUUUGCUGUGCAAACUGAUGGGGUGCAAGCUACACACAUGGUGUCGAAAGGUGUGCAGGUGGCAACUACUCCAAAAGUUCGUUCCGAAGGGACACAGACGGACUUCCAGGCUUGGUCAACUGCGGGAUGUGGGGAUGAAUUGGAAGACACUGCAGAGAUACUUGACUCAUCAGGUCACCGUAUAAGAGCACCGCUUCCAUCAUCUCCAAUAAGAUGCUCGACACCACUGCCAUCGGCAAAGGAUCUCGACGAAACAUAUGAGCCAUCAUUUCAUGACUCACAUCUACCAAGUGGUUGUGAUUCUGUGCCACCUAGCGCUGAAAAACAGUACAUCGUUUUUGAAAGCUGCUUGAUGGAGCUAUUCAGCAUGUGCACAGUUUGCCAAGCAUCGUGUAAAGCUGAAACUACACUCUAUGGCUCCCUUCUACAAGUUGAGACCACCUGUGCUUGUGGGCACAAGAGUUGUUGGUUGAGCCAACCAAAAGUUUCUAAUAGGGCUUUGGGUGGCAUGCUUUUGUGUGCCGCUAUAUGCUUCUCAGGCGCGAGUCCUGAGAAAGUUCUGAGGCUGCUGAAGCAAGCCAAUAUUCAAGUGCCAUCUACGAGGACCUACUACAGCUACCAAGGUGCACUGUUCCAGCCCGCCAUACAACGUGUUUGGGACACUGAACGAGAGGCUGUAAUCGAAAGCCUUCAUGGACCAGUAGCAUUAGCUGGUGACGGCCGGUGCGACUCUCCCGGGUUUUCUGCGAAGUUCAUGACUUACACUUUCAUGGCCAUUCAAACUAGUAAAAUCAUCCAUUUCGUUCAGGUGCAGCUUGGAGAGAACAGCGAGGUGAGAUCCAGCAAUGCCAUGGAAAAAUUUGGCCUGAAGAAGGGACUUGGGGAGCUAAAGGACCAGAACGUCACUAUUUGUUCAUUAACUACUGACAGGCACGUGGGCAUCAAAAAGUACAUGAGGACAUGUGAGCCGGGUAUUGAACAUACCUACGACGCGUGGCAUGUUGGUAAAGGUGUCAAGAAAAAGCUCACAGUUGCAGCCAAGAAAUCUGCUUGUGCUGCCUUGAAAGAUUGGAUACAGCCAGUGGUCAACCAUCUGUACUGGUGUGUUGCCGUUAGUGAAGGUGACGGGGAUCUACUGGUAGCCAUGUGGAAGAGCAUGCUGAACCACGUCAUAAACAUGCACGCUGGCCAUGACAGCCCUUAUCCGAGGUGUCUGCACGGGGAUGUGCAAAAUGGAAAGUGGUUGACACCAGGCACCCCGGCUUACGCACGUCUCGUGAGCAUAGCUACAGAACAGGGGCUACUGAAGGAUAUAAGGAAGCUUUCCUCUUCUGGACAAACUUAUGGACUUGAAUCGUAUCACAGUCUCCUAAUAAGAUUUGCCCCGAAGUCUGUCGCAUUCAGCACCAUGAUGAUGCGUGCAAGGACACAGUUGGCUGCUCUUCACCACAACGAAAAUGCAGGUCGAGAGCAGGCAGUAGUGGCAAGAAAUUGUGCACUCAGAUGGAAGAGGAAAAUGCUCCGUGCAAAGAAGGGAGCGGAAGUUGUUUGCCCAGUAAAAAGCAAGCCAACUUACGCUUAUGUGGACAAGCUAAUGACGGAGAUGCUGCACGAGAGCUCUUCAUGCAGUUCUCUCAAGAAGGCACAGCAGCAGCGAAGCAGCACCAGCAGCAGCCCCAAGCCUCUGGCCAUGAUCCAGCUCAACCAGCCAAGGCUAUCGAAGAGUGAACUCGUAGCUGCACGGCAAUCGCGAUUUGUGGCGUGCUCAGUGCAGGACAUGCCAUGAGUAUUGCAUGUACAAGCGAUUUCAUUUAGAGCAUUGGCCGAAAGUGUUAUGCAUGGCUGAUGGACUUCCAAAGUUUCUUCAUUUGUUUGGCUGGUUGCUUGUUUACUUCCUUGCGUAAUUGCUUUAUUUAUGCACUUCUUUGCUUAUGUAUUCAUAAAUGCAUACCUCUGGCCAUGAUCCAGCUCAUCCAGCGAAGGCUAUCGAAGAGUGAUCUCAUAGCUGCACGGCAAUCACGAUUUGUGGCGUGCUCAGUUCAGGACAUGCCAUAAGUAUUGUAUGUACAAAUGAUUUCAUUUAGAUCAUCGUCCGAAAGUGUUAUGCAUGGCUGAUGGGCUUCCAAAGUUUCUUCAUUUGUUUGGCUGGCUGCUUGUUUACUUCUUUGCGUAAUUGCUUUAUUUAUGCACUUCUUUGCUUAUGUAUUCAUCAGUGCAUACCUCUGGCCAUGAUCCAGCUCAUCCAGCCAAGGCUAUCGAAGAGUGAACUCGUAGCUGCACGGCAAUCGCGAUUUGUGGCGUGCUCAGUGCAGGACAUGCCAUGAGUAUUGCAUGUACAAGCGAUUUCAUUUAGAGCAUUGGCCGAAAGUGUUAUGCAUGGCUGAUGGGCUUCCAAAGUUUCAUUUGUUUGGCUGGUUGCUUGUUUACUUCUUUGCGUAAUUGCUUUAUUUAUGCACUUCUUUGUUAACGUAUUCAUAAAUGCAUACCUCUGGCCAUGAUCCAGCUCAUCCAGCCAAGGCUAUCGAAGAGUGAUCUCAUAGCUGCACGGCAAUCACGAUUUGUGGCGUGCUCAGUUCAGGACAUGCCAUAAGUAUUGUAUGUACAAAUGAUUUCAUUUAGAUCAUCGUCCGAAAGUGUUAUGCAUGGCUGAUGGGCUUCCAAAGUUUCAUUUGUUUGGCUGGUUGCUUGUUUACUUCUUUGCGUAAUUGCUUUAUUUAUGCACUUCUUUGCUUAUGUAUUCAUCAGUGCAUACCUCUGGCCAUGAUCCAGCUCAUCCAGCCAAGGCUAUCGAAGAGUGAACUCGUAGCUGCACAGCAAUCGCGAUUUGUGGCGUGCUCAGUGCAGGACAUGCCCUAAGUAUUGUAUGUACAAAUGAUUUCAUUUAGAUCAUCGUCCGAAAGUGUUAUGCAUGGCUAAUGGGCUUCCAAAGUUUCUUUAUUUGUUUGGCUGGUUGCUUGUUUACUUGUUUGUGUAAUCGUCUUAUUUAUGCACUUCUUUGUUAAUGUAUUCAUCAGUGCAUACUGCAACCUUUUCAGCAGCGCUGCAUGUUUCAGCCCUACUGUUAUUUUGAGGUUGAGGCAGGCUCUGACAAGAACUUUGCAGAGGCUUCACAGAAGCGGUGGGCAGAAGCAAAGAAUUCAGUCAAGCAUUGUAGAUACAAUGAAAUGUAGCAAAUUUUUGCGAUGUGCGCCUGAGGAUGCAAUACUUGCUGGCUUUGAUUUCUAGGCAAUGUGUGUUUAGACUCGUAAGUGCUUGUUGCCUGUUGUAUAUUUUCAUCUCCACAUAGUUAUCGCGAGAGAACAUGCUUUGUGACUUUUAACAUAAACUGAGAAGAAAUAGUUAAAUAAGAAACAUCUUGGGAAACAACAUUUCAACACAGGGACUGUAUGUCCAAACGUUGGCUCCAUCGGUAAUCAUAGCUUGACAAUUUCUCAUCUCUUCAAGCCUUAAAUUUCUGUCUGUUCCACCCUGAACUACUUUGAAUAUCACGUGCGCUGUGUUUCUGAUCCAUUUUCGGUACCUUGUCACUUGAUGUAUACGCAUGCUUCUUUUACGUCACAUAUGAACCAUUCUUUAAGUGUGACCAAUAUGGCUGCGAUGUCGGCGUAGGCGUCAUUCGACAUUUGAAAUUUAUUUGCUGAUGCUUCAGAGUUAUUGGGCUAAGCAGCUAAAGAAGAUGCUUCUUUCUGGUGGACUGAUUAUAUUUUUUGUUCACCCCAGUCUUGUCUCGGCAGCAAGAGGAGCUUUGUUUUGAAAGUUUUACAUUACUAAAAGCAGUGCUGCUCACCUAAUUUUCAUAAAAUUGCUGCUUUCUUAGAUAAUAACUUGUCUAAUCACAGCCUUUGCCAUUUUCUAGCAAAUGGCUAGAAGAAGGUUCUAGGAAGCAGUGUAAAGGUAGUAGAGUAAUUGCAUGCAUACCUUGCUUGCCUACAUAGAAUGUGUUUGUGGGAAUAUAAAACAUCCUCUAUAAUUGGGUCAGUGUGGAUAGUAUUCUGGCCAGUUCAUUAGGGGAAAAUAUAGCACCCUGUAGAUUUCGUAGACAAGCAGAAGACUGAGUAACACUUAGACAGAAAGAUAUCUCUGCUGACAUGCUUAAUCAUUUUUAUGAGAUUAAAUUUUGUCUUAUGCGCUACCAAAGCGUACUUUUCAUUGUACCUCUGGUUCAAUGUUUUUGUUCUACCGUACUGCCAUUGAAAGUCAUCAUUUUAACAGAUUGUUCCUGCCAUUGGCUGCAUAUCACUAAUUUAUCACCAAGAUGAACACUGAAGCACAGAUGAACCAAAUGUUGAGAAACGUAUUAAAAUAUACCUAGAGUAGCUACGACUUUUUCACACAAAUCUUUUCUUCUGAGAAGAAAUGUGAUUUAUAUGGCCUUCACAGUGAUGCGCGAGACAGUUAUUGUCGUGAUUUCUGUGCACAUCGGUUGAACGCAUCGAUGCAACGAUGUUAAUCAAGUGUUUCUGUCAUACAGCUUCUGUCACUUGUCGACACUAGCCCCUUUCCGCUGUGGCGGAACGCUUGUAUAGCACUCACAGACAACAAUACUAAUUAUGGGUGCCGUUAGGGUUGAGGGUUGCAGCUUAUCGUAGACCAAGUCAUCUGCGAACAUCUUCAGGAACACUCGAUGCCACCAUGACUGAUGUGUGUAUCGGUAGUUGACUCUUCACUUGACCUUCGCAAAAUGUGCACUAGUGUGACAUUGCCUCCUCACUUGUGACGCAAGUGAUGCUUCUGAGGAAAUAUUGCUAAAUUUUGCAAUAUUUCCUUGAAUUUUAUCACCGAUGCUUAUGUAGAUGUUAUCCUGACAGAAACAAAACAAUCAUUCUAUUCCUGUUCUUUUCCUAUUCCUAUUCCUAUUCAAGUGGUCACGUUUUGAUGGAGGCAAAAUGCUAGAGAUCUGUGUACUGUGCGAUGCCAGAUUCUCAAAAAUUUCCCGAGCCCUCCACUACGACAUGCCUCAUAUUCGUGGUAGUUUUGACAGGUUAACAUUGGACAUAAAUUUUUGUUGCUUUCACUAUAGUUGUCUGAUGAUGUAUCAUUCAAAGAUAGACCAAACAUGUUUUCUUUGACCAUCACUGUACAUUGCACUUGAGUGUGUUGCUCUAUUAUAUGUUGUACGUAAUUUUACUGCUACUCCUGUAUGUGCACAUACCCUCCACCUUACAGUGCCUGCAGUGCGUUUACUGUAAUCAAGUUCUGCAUUGCCUUUGUGACAAUAAAGAUGAAAUGGCACUUUGGCUGCAUGAUUUCCCAUGAAGUAUUGCAGAAUGUACUUCAUGUUUGUGUUAAAAUCCAGUAAGCUAUGAAGCCACACAACCACUGUGAUUAGAUUUUUAUUGCAAUUCCGGGUACUUAAAUCCUGCAUAAUCUUCUGAUGGAACAUUUUUCUGAUGAGCCUAAUAGCACAAGCAGGAACCACUUUCCGGUUUCUUGGCCCGAGCCGGCCCCAGAUCCAACGAGUAAACUGCCGACAGGCAAUGUAUCGAUACCUCCUGUAAAAUAAACAUUUUUAUAUACA